CACGUCUCUAAUAUCUGCGUUUUCAUUUACAGUUUGUGAAAAGCGAAGUGCUGACCUGGUCUUCCUAGUUGAUCAGUCGGGUAGCAUUAACCAAGCUGACUACGCCAUCAUGAAGAACUUCACCAUAGAUCUCAUCAACAGCUUCAAAGUCAGUGAAGAUUUAGUUCGCGCUGGGUUUGCCCAGUUCAGCGACAUUUUUCAACACGAGUUUUACCUCAACCAGUUCUACACUGAGAAGGAAAUGUCGGAUCACAUCUUGAAAAUGAGUCAGCGUGGGGGAGGAACCAACAUCGGACUGGCACUGACUUCCAUUAAGGAGUAUUUUCAGGCAUUGCGGGGCAGUCGUAAAUCUGAAGGCAUCUCCCAGAAUUUGGUGUUGAUCACAGAUGGAGAAUCGCAAGAUGAUGUUGAAGACCCUGCCAUCGAACUGAGGGAUCUAGGAAUCGAGGUGUUUGCUAUCGGCAUUGGCGAUGUCCACAUUCUGGAGCUGCUGCAGAUCACCGGCACACCGGAGACGCUCUUCACUGUGCAGAACUUUGGCAGCUUGGAAAAUAUCAAGCAAAAGGUGGUCGACACCAUCUGCAAAUCCAAACCCAUCAAAACUCGAUCAUCCUGCACCAUCGACAUCGCCAUGGGAUUCGAUAUUUCUAGAAGAAGAAAUCCAAAUGAGGUGCUGGUCAGCGGCCACAACCAGCUCAGGACCUCCCUGCCAGAGAUUGCUAAUUACGUUUCCUCAGUACAAGGCCUGUGCUGCCUCGGCGCCGAGCUCAUCAAACCCAACGUAGCCUAUCGAAUCGUGAGCCGCGAUGGAAACACAGUGGAAGACUUUAGCUUUGUGGAGUACAGUGACGGCGUGGUGACCAAAGUCAUGGACUUUAAUUUAGCAGAGCCUACGUACUUCAACACAGCUCUGCUCAGAUCCUUUGGGGAGAAGUUCAAGCUGCAGUCCAAAGCUGGUGUGAAGGUGCUGGUGAUCUUCUCAGAUGGAUUUGAUGAAGAUGUGGUGAUGCUGGAGAACGAAUCGGAGCUGCUGAGACAGUCUGGCGUCAACGCUCUGCUGAUUGUGGCUCUCGAGGGAGCGCGUUACCCCGCCCAGCUGCAGAUGGUGGAGUUCGGUCGAGGUUUCGGCUACAAACUUCCUCUGAGCAUCGGCAUGCCGAGCAUCGGCAGCACCAUCCUCAAGCAGAUUGACGCCGUGUCAAACAGGGAGUGCUGCAACGUCAUGUGCAAAUGUUCAGGACAUGAAGGCAUCCGUGGCUCUCGGGGCCCCCCAGGGUCAAAGGGCACGGUUGGGCAGAAGGGUCACCCCGGCUUCCCCGGAGAGGAGGGCCUCGCUGGCGGGAGAGGUUUACCUGGACCGAGCGGACCUCAGGGAGUCCAGGGAUGCUCGGGAAUCAGAGGACAGAAGGGCUUCAGAGGGCUGCGAGGAGAAAGGGGCGAAGACGGAGAGGACGGGCUGAGCGGAGUGGACGGAGAACAGGGAGUGACGGGACGGGAUGGAGCCCGAGGAGAGAGAGGACACCUCGGCAACCCGGGUAUCCCAGGAAUUACGGGGGAGACGGGGGUGAAAGGACAGCAAGGACUGAGAGGAGAUCCGGGACAACCGGGGGCCGACAACACCUCGCCCGGAGCCAAAGGCGACCCAGGAAACCCCGGCCUGCCGGGAGCACCCGGGCAGGACGGCCGGUUCGGAGAGUCCGGAAUCGUCGGGAACCCGGUGAGCUUCUUCAUUCUCAGCACGAGGAGCAGAUCUUGUUAUUCCAGGAUUAUUAAAGCAGCUACGAUGAGAUAUACAAUGCUGCGCUGUACUCUGGUGUAAUACUACUGCUAACCACAGGCUGGGGCAGCGAGUCGAGCACGAGACGCUAACUAGCACUAGCUCAGCGUUCACACAGAUCUCUGAAGUUAGCCGCCUGCUUCUGGCAGCCGGACGAGCUUCAGCUUAGCUGGAAGUCGUCUCUCACUCACUAAACCUUCUGAAUGAACUUCCUGCCAGCUCGUCAUGAACGCUGUUUUUAACCAUCUGUUUUUUAACCAACGUUUGCUGAAAAUAUUCCAAAUAAACGAGUGAAAUCAGCCCUGCAGGCACCGAGGCAGCCUGCCUGGAAGUCUUAGAUAGGCUUAACUCUGGGAAAGUCUUCCUCGCUCCAUCCUCACACGCCCAGAAACAGCUUGACUGAGUGAAAUCAGCAGCUGAGCAGCUCCAGAAAAGCAUCCCAUAAUUCACUGGGGCAGAAAUAGGAAUGCCUGCAUCACAGCCUGUCAUGUGAUCGUGUAUAAAUCAGUGAUGCUGUAACA